CCGGUCCUGCUCGGGCUGCGCCGCCUCCUUCCCGCUCCCAGCACUCGGCAACCGAGCUCUUACUCCUCCCCUCAAUCUCCACGAGUUCCACGAUUCUCGGUGUAGCUCCGCCUCUGUCCCCGAGUCCGCCCCCGCGACCUCCCGAGCUUGUGCUCUCCUUUCCCCUCAGUCUCCUGCCGUCCAGCGGCCCUGGGUCUCGCGCUCCGGAAAGCGACAAGAGUAUCUCCCGCCUCGCUCCUACGCCUCCGCGCGCUCUCCCUCAGCAGCCACCGCGUAACCCACCCGCAGCUCGCUGUCUUGGACCCGGACUCGGGGUCGCGCGCCCUGACUCCGCCUACUCCCCCCCGCGGACUCGCGCCCUCCGGGCCCGGCCUCUCGCUUGCGCAGGCCGCCGAGCACUCGCCUCGCGCUUCCCGGGCGCUCUCGCGCUUUCCGAGGCGAGCGCGCUCCCGGCCCGCGCGCUCCGGGCUCUGGCUUUUCCCGGCUCCCGUCAGUGCGGUGACUGCGCUGGGAAACAUGGCGACCGAGGGAAUGAUCCUUACUAACCACGACCAUCAAAUCCGGGUCGGAGUCCUCACAGUGAGUGAUAGUUGCUUCAGGAAUCUUGCAGAAGAUCGCAGUGGGAUAAAUCUCAAAGAUCUUGUACAAGAUCCUUCUUUGUUGGGUGGGACUAUAUCAGCAUACAAGAUAGUACCAGAUGAAAUAGAAGAAAUCAAGGAAACCCUGAUAGAUUGGUGUGAUGAAAAGGAACUUAAUUUGAUACUAACAACUGGAGGAACAGGGUUUGCACCACGAGAUGUCACUCCAGAGGCCACAAAAGAAGUAAUAGAACGGGAAGCGCCAGGGAUGGCCCUGGCAAUGCUGAUGGGAUCACUUAAUGUUACACCUCUGGGCAUGCUCUCUAGGCCUGUAUGUGGAAUCAGAGGGAAAACUCUUAUAAUUAACUUGCCAGGUAGCAAGAAAGGAUCUCAGGAAUGCUUUCAGUUCAUACUGCCAGCCCUACCUCAUGCCAUUGACCUUUUACGUGAUGCCAUUGUAAAAGUAAAAGAAGUGCAUGAUGAACUUGAAGAUUUACCUUCCCCACCACCACCUCUUUCCCCUCCUCCCACAACUAGCCCCCAUAAACAGACAGAAGACAAAGGGGUUCAAUGUGAAGAAGAGGAAGAAGAGAAGAAAGACAGUGGUGUUGCUUCAACAGAAGAUAGUUCUUCAUCACAUAUAACUGCAGCAGCCAUUGCGGCCAAGAAGCAUCCAUUCUACACCAGUCCUGCUAUUAUCAUGGCACACGGUGAGCAGCCCAUCCCUGGUCUCAUCAGUUAUUCCCAUGAUGCAACAGGCAGUGCAGAGGAACCGAUUCCAGACUCCAUCAUUUCUCGUGGCGUUCAGGUGCUCCCACGAGACACAGCCUCCCUCAGCACUACUCCUUCAGAAUCUCCUCGUGCUCAGGCUACAUCUCGCCUUUCUACAGCUUCCUGCCCAACACCAAAACAAAUUAGACGGCCGGAUGAAAGCAAAGGAGUUGCUAGUAGAGUUGGAUCCCUCAAACUCCAUCGAAAGCUGGAGGAGCUCAGAGAUCACCUAGAAGGCAAUGUGAAAGGAUACUCUCUCAGAGUAAAUGUCCAGUCCAGGUGCAGCAGCAAGGAGAACAUUCUCAGAGCCAGUCACAGUGCUGUUGAUAUCACCAAGGUGGCUAGAAGACACCGCAUGUCUCCUUUUCCUCUAACAUCUAUGGACAAAGCCUUUAUCACAGUCCUGGAGAUGACUCCGGUGCUUGGGACAGAAAUCAUCAACUACCGAGAUGGAAUGGGGCGAGUCCUUGCUCAAGAUGUAUAUGCAAAAGACAACCUACCCCCGUUCCCAGCAUCAGUAAAAGAUGGCUAUGCUGUCCGAGCUGCCGAUGGCCCAGGAGAUCGUUUCAUCAUUGGGGAAUCCCAAGCUGGUGAACAGCCGACUCAGACAGUAAUGCCAGGACAAGUCAUGCGGGUUACAACAGGUGCUCCAAUCCCCUGUGGUGCUGAUGCAGUAGUACAAGUGGAAGAUACUGAACUGAUCAGGGAAUCUGAUGAUGGCACUGAGGAGCUUGAAGUACGAAUUCUGGUGCAAGCUCGGCCAGGCCAAGAUAUCAGACCCAUUGGCCAUGACAUUAAAAGAGGGGAAUGCGUUUUGGCCAAAGGAACCCACAUGGGCCCCUCAGAGAUUGGUCUUCUGGCAACUGUAGGUGUCACAGAGGUUGAAGUUAAUAAGUUUCCAGUGGUUGCAGUCAUGUCAACAGGGAAUGAGCUGCUAAAUCCUGAAGAUGACCUCUUACCAGGAAAGAUUCGGGACAGCAAUCGUUCAACCCUCUUAGCAACAAUUCAGGAACAUGGUUACCCCACAAUCAACUUGGGAAUUGUGGGAGACAACCCAGAUGACUUACUCAAUGCCUUGAAUGAGGGUAUCAGUCGUGCUGAUGUCAUCAUCACAUCAGGGGGUGUGUCCAUGGGGGAAAAGGACUAUCUCAAGCAGGUGCUGGACAUUGAUCUUCAUGCCCAGAUCCAUUUUGGCAGGGUUUUUAUGAAACCAGGCCUGCCAACGACAUUUGCAACUUUGGAUAUUGAUGGUGUACGAAAAAUAAUCUUUGCACUACCAGGGAAUCCUGUGUCAGCCGUGGUCACCUGCAAUCUCUUUGUUGUGCCUGCACUGAGAAAGAUGCAAGGCAUCUUGGAUCCUCGGCCAACCAUCAUCAAAGCCAGGUUAUCAUGUGAUGUAAAACUGGAUCCUCGCCCAGAAUACCAUCGGUGUAUACUGACUUGGCAUCACCAAGAACCACUACCUUGGGCACAGAGUACAGGUAAUCAGAUGAGCAGCCGUCUGAUGAGCAUGCGCAGCGCCAACGGAUUAUUGAUGCUUCCUCCAAAGACAGAGCAGUACGUGGAGCUCCACAAGGGCGAGGUGGUGGACGUCAUGGUCAUCGGGCGGCUAUGAUGGUCACCAGCAGGAGAAAGCUCUGAUGCAUGUCUACAUAUCAUUGACUGUAUCCUGUAAUAUGCAACGGCACAGCUAGUUUUUCUGAUUUGGAUAAAAGUUGAUCUGUAUGGUCAACAUCUUGAACUAUAUUUCAAAAGAAUUUAAAUACCUUUUAAAGAAAAAAACACCUAAAAAUCUUAACAAACAACUCUAUUCUGAUUAUAUCAAAGCAAAUUUUUCCUUUCUUGCAAAUUGCUUUGUGUGUUCAAUGCUAGGUCUGAUAGCGAUAGCUUUUAGUAGACAGCAGUAGGUGCCUGCAGAACUUGUGUUUUUCUCAUCUUUAAAAUACAACUACUUAUGCUCUUAAAUCAAGGCUGUCUGCUUAUUUAUACUAGCGUAGGCAACACUUGGAUUUCCCUUCUUAGUAUGCUUCAUAACCGCUUUACAGAGAGCUUUUGCUUGUUCUUUAUCAUGUAUCUCGUGUUUAUGUGCACAGUGCCAAAUAAAGAGUGACUGGGUGGCGGCCCUGCCCUGCCGCAAGGAGAACCAUCCCCGCAGAGCGUUCGGGGGUGGGGGGGCCUCGCAUCCCAGUAGCCUCAUGGCACAGUACUCUUGGGCAGUAACUGGAUACCUUUUAUUUGAACAAACAAACUGGGGGGAAAAAUGCUUCCUUAAGUGCUGACAGCCUUUUUAACCAAUACAUUUAAAAUUGUACAGAACAAAAAGUAAAAUCAAAGACUGAUCUUGUACAGAUAUUAGUGUUACCAGCAUUCAUGUGGAAAUCAAGAGCAAAGAAAAAACAAUGUUAAACAACUCUGUACCAUAACAUUUUCUGUAAUGAUACUGAAACUUAAUGAAUAAAAAAAAAUCCUCGAUCA